AGACUCCCAACUAAGUUCAAACAAAUUAAUGAUAAAUAUAGAUUUAUUCUUCCUAAUGAUGCUAAAAUUUGGUUUAAACUUAGUUGGGAGUCUCUUACGAAUGAUUUAACAUCACCGAAUCUAAACAAACUAAAGUAUAACAGAGAAGAUGAAAUAUUUUUUUUAAAAUGUUAUACAGCAUACAUCACUAUAACGGAAAUUUCUGAGGAAACUUGGUUGACAGAUACAAUUCAUCAAUUUUUAAAAUCUGCUGUGCAUGAUAUUCCUGGGCUCACAUAUGCUACUCUUUCGAGGCACCUCAGAAAUGAAGAAAAUUAUAAACCAGACAGAACUAAAAGAUUAAAACUUGAAGACAAUCAGUUCGAAAUUCUAUACAUAGAAGGUACAAACCCAGAAUUGAAAGAAAGAAAGCGUCAAGAAGACGCAGAAAAACUCCAGCAGCUUAUAAAACUAAAUCUUGAUGAACUUCUAAGAAACCUUCAGCAUACAUAUAGAAAUAAAAUAAAUGAAAACAUUGCAAAAAAAAAUUAUGAUAAUCCUCUUAUUACAAUUCAAUCUACUC